CGUGGUCUACAGAAGUAUUACAAUGUCCUUACAUUAAUCAAUUAGAAGUUUUUGAGUUCAGUGGCGUCAAAAUUCAUUUGCUGCUCAGCAAGUUACGCAACUGGUGAUAGAGAAAUGUUAUCAUUCAUGCCUAAGACAUCCCACUGAAGUCACCUAUAUAACUUUAUGCAUAUUACUUCGUCUUUUCAAAGAUCUUUCUACAUCAAUUUAAUUGACUACUACAUUUUCGUGAUCAUCAAUGGCACUAGAUAAUCUGACAGCUGUUCUUUACGGAGUUAACGAUAUUCGACUUGAACAAACUCCAAUCAAACAGCCAGCUCCCAAUGAAGUGUUAUUAAAAGUUGGAUGGGUUGGCAUAUGUGGAUCAGAUGUUCAUUACUUAACACAUGGCAGAAUUGGAGAGUUUAUAGUAAAAGAUCCAAUGAUAAUUGGGCAUGAGUCCUCUGGAACCGUCUUCAAACUUGGACAAAACGUUACAAAAUUUAAAGUUGGAGAUAGAGUGGCUAUUGAACCAGGAGUACCUUGUCGGUGUUGCAACCAUUGUAAAAGUGGUAAAUAUAAUUUGUGUCCAGACAUUGUAUUUUGCGCAACCCCUCCUAACCAUGGAACACUUCGACGAUACUACCCACAUCCCGCUGAUUUUUGUUACAAGUAA